ACCUACGCACUGUGGCGGAGCUGCAGAUGAGGGCCGGAAAAUUGCGUGUUUUUCCCGCGCGACGUUCGUGUUCCACCCAACUCGUCACCAAUCCUCCGGUUAUUGGCGGAGAAUGGAAGAUGGAGAAUGAAUAUACCGAUUCUUUCCAUUCUUUCUAUCAGUUUUUAGGAAAUUAUAUUAAACUCUAAACUGUAAACAAAAUAUGUAGUGGAUAGUUCUGACAGUAAAUAAUGUCUUCUCGACACAGAGAAAAGCACAGAGAACGUACUCGUUCAAGAUCACCAAACGUAGAGGAACGUGACCGUAAACAUGGUCGUAGUAACGUUCGUGACAGGAGUAAAGAAAGAACAAGGUCAAAAAGAGACGAUGUAAAAACGGAGACAAGAAGAAGGGAGGACAAUGAUCGAAUAAAUUAUGAAGAACGUCGAAUAAAUCACGGUUCUCCUGAUCAGCGACAAUUACAUGAGGAUACAAAAGAAGAGAUCUCAAAAACAAAAGAAGAACCAAAUUUUGAACUUUCAGGAAAGCUAACUGAAUAUACCAAUACAUAUAAGGGUGUGGUAAUUAAAUACAAUGAACCUCCUGAAGCACUUAAACCAAAAACAAGAUGGAGACUAUAUCCUUUCAAGGGAGAAAAAUCUAUGCCUGUCAUGUAUAUCCAUCGCCAAAGUGCUUAUCUCAUUGGAAGACAACGACAUAUAGUCGACUUAGCAGUUGAUCAUCCAUCAUGCUCAAAACAACAUGCAGUAUUGCAGUAUCGCUUAGUAAGCUAUGAAAGAGAAGAUGGCACAGCAGGUCGAAAAUGCAAGCCCUACAUAAUUGACCUGGAAUCAGCCAAUGGAACAUUUUUAAACAAUCAGAAAAUAGAAGCUAGAAGGUAUUAUGAACUCAAGGAAAAGGAUGUGCUAAAAUUUGGCUUCAGUACGAGAGAAUAUGUUCUUCUUAAUGAGAAAAGUAAAGUUUCUGAAGCAGAUGAGGAUGAUCUAUCUGAGGAAGCAGAAGGAUAGUUUAUUUUUGCAGAAAGUGACUUACCAGUAUCAUUUUAGAUAGGAAUGAGCUCUUCUGGUUCCAAGAUUAAUCCAUGGCCUUUUAGGAUCAACAUUCAUUGUAAUCCAACUUUAUUUUUGGUGUACAUUUUGUAUAUAUUUUCCAAACUAGACUUGCAUGCAAUCUUGUAACCAUGCAAUCUUGUAACCUUCAUAAUUGCCUAUCACUAUGAAAGGUUUUAAACAACCAUAAUAAUCCUUUCUUUCAAAGAUUUACAACAAAUAAAUUCACUGUAUUUGUACUAGUAUGGGUAAGUACUUAAAUGUACAGGAAGGGAAUGUAUCCUCAAUGUAACAUUCCUGAGUUUGGG